CUCCUCCCAUUUAUUUCCUCGACCUGCCCGAGUUGACCUCAGUCUCGAUCGACCGAAUUCUACUUCUCUCCCAACAACCAAUAAUCCUCAACUACAACCGAUAAUCCUCAACUACAACCGCAAUCAUGGGUGCUACCGAUGUUCUGACCCGCAAGUCCGGCGUUAUCGUUGGCGAUGAUGUCCUGCACCUGUUCGAGUACGCUCGCGAGAAGCAGUUCGCUAUCCCCGCCAUUAACGUCACCUCCUCCUCUACCGUCGUUGCUUCCCUCGAGGCUGCCCGCGACGCCAAGUCCCCCCUCAUCCUCCAGUUCUCCCAGGGUGGUGCCGCCUACUUCGCUGGCAAGGGUGUGAGCAACACCGACCAGGCUGCUUCCGUCGCCGGUGCCGUUGCUGCCGCUCACUACAUCCGCUCCAUCGCUCCCACCUACGGCGUCCCCGUCGUCCUCCACACCGACCACUGCGCCAAGAAGCUUCUUCCCUGGCUCGAUGGCAUGCUCGAUGCCGAUGAGGCCUACUUCAAGGCCAACGGCGAGCCCCUGUUCAGCUCCCACAUGAUUGAUCUCUCCGAGGAGUCCGUCGAGUGGAACGUCGAGACCACCGCCGCCUACCUCAAGCGCGCUGCCCCCAUGAAGCAGUGGCUCGAGAUGGAGAUCGGUAUCACCGGUGGUGAGGAGGACGGUGUCAACAACGAGGAUGUUGACAACGCCUCCCUCUACACCCAGCCUGAGGACAUCCUCAACAUCUACCAGACCCUGUCCGCCAUCUCCCCCUACUUCUCCAUCGCCGCUGGCUUUGGCAACGUCCACGGUGUCUACAAGCCCGGCAACGUCAAGCUGCACCCUGAGCUCCUCGGCAAGCACCAGGCCCACGUCAAGGCUGCCAUUGGCUCUGCCCUCGACAAGCCCGUCUUCUUCGUCUUCCACGGCGGCUCUGGCUCUUCCAAGGAGGAGUACUCCGAGGCCAUCAGCCACGGUGUCGUCAAGGUCAACAUGGACACUGACAUGCAGUUCGCCUACUGCGCUGGUAUCCGAGACUACAUGGUCAACAAGAAGGACUACGUCACUACCCUCGUCGGCAACCCCGAUGGCGAGGACAAGCCCAACAAGAAGUUCUUCGACCCCCGUGUCUGGGUCCGUGAGGGUGAGAAGACCAUGACUGCCCGUGUCGCCGUGGCUCUCAAGGACUUCAACACCGCCGGAACUAUUUAAAAUGUUUCAACAUUCCGGCCUGUAGUAAUAUCCCCAGACUGGCGACAUCAUCGUGCAUGACUUGAGUGGAGGGGAACUUGGUGAGGUGGAAACGCUCUCCCAAGGUUGGAUUCGCGGUAGCCGAAAGACACCCCCCCUUCGGAAAAUUGCAGUCCUAAUCAAUAGCGGGAGUUGAGUGAAAUAAGUAAAACCCGAAAAAAGAGAAAAAGAUGAUGUACACACAAUGCUCCCCUGAUGACCCGUCGUUUCCAUGUGUUCUAUGAUGUACAUGUGCUUAUUGCUACAUGUGAAAUGAAGGUUGGGGAUACACUUCACAAUAGGCUCUAUUGGUUUUAAAGUCUAGACAUGUGAGUAAUAAUAUACUUGUCCUUCUGAU